UGCAAUGUAGCAAACAGGAAAGUUCAGGGAAAAUACCGGUUAUAAUCGGUUUUUAAUUAUAGUAGCUACUGGCCGUUUAAGUGACAACGUCACAGCUGAUGUUAAACUGUAUCCUAGCUGAAGACCCAAAUCGCUAUCUCGGGGGCCAGAAAACUGACAGCAUACAAAAAUCAGACUGUCAGAGGGAGCCACAGGCCUUUGAGCUGGGAUACCGUGGAAGUUCUCCAUGGUCGCUAUGUUUCAGAACGUUCCGGAAAUAUUGCUGAUCCCCGUUUCCUGACCAGGACCACACGCUGUUGAAGUAGAAGAGUUGCACAGCCUGCCUCUCAGAAGACGAAUAUGGGGGCCGAGACAGGGAAUGCCUGAGUUUUGUUCGAGAUGCAGCAAGGAGAUGCUGCAUUUUCUCUUGCAUCUGACGCAGGGAGGGGGCAGUAGUGAACUCAGCGGGACGUUGCAGCGCUGGUGGCGCGCCCCAGGCCCAGAGAUGAUGAGGAGCUGGGGUAGGGGGUGGCAGGACAUCCUGUAUAGAGAUCAUGUCUCUUUCUGGGGUCGAGGAGUGAAAGUGAGCAGCCGGUCCAGUAAAGUCUAUAUUCUGAUUGAUGGGAGACAUGUGUCUACUAUCCACCACAGACAUCUGUGUCCCGCAGGAGGACAGUGGAGCCGACAGAGAGACAGUCCUUCUUUUCUCACUUCUGUGUCACAGAUGAGGCCGUUCAGCUCCGGCACCUCUAAUCCAGACCCGAUUCUGCUUCACAAGCAGAAGUUGACCCAGUGGUUCAGCCACCUACCAAAGGAGGAGAAGCAGUUUGGGGUGCUCUUCUCUCCGGAGAGCAUGCACGUUGACCCCCUCAUCUUGGAGAGGAACCCCAAGGAGAGCCAGAACGUCGACACUUGGAUGAAGGACGUCGGAGUCAACGAUUACCAGUCCUCCUUGACAACCGAGCAACUCUUUGAUCCCGUCCCCGGGUCCUACACGGACCGCGGGCACAACGUCGUUCUCUACGGCAGCGUGGGGACCGGGAAGAGCAUGGUGGUGCGCAAGCUGGUCCUGGACUGGUGCAGGGGGUCGGCGCUGUCCCAGUUCGAGCUGGUGAUCCCUUUCUCCUGCGAGGACCUCUCCCUGCUGGGCCGCCCGGCCUCGCUCCGGCAGCUGGUGAGGAGGAAGUACCUGCACCUGCGCGACACCCCCCUGCUCAGCGGAGAGGGCGCCCUGGCCCGACAGGUGCUCUUCAUCUUCAACGGCAUGGAGCAGAUGAAGCUGGACUUCCGCCUCUCCACCACCGAGCUCUGCGCUGACCCAGACGAGCCCCUCCCUGCCGGAACCAUUUUGGUCAACCUGUUUCGCAAGUAUCUCUUACCCGAGGCCAGCAUUCUAGUCACCACCAGGCUUUCUGCCUUGGAUCGCAUCCCGGGAAAGUACGUGAACCGCUACGUGCAGAUCUGCGGUUUUAACAACCCCGACCAGCAGAGGGCGUACUUCACCAGUCGGCUGCUGCACCAUGCCAGCGGGGAGCAACCCAGCCAGGAGGCAGAGGCUCUGCUGCGUAUGCUGUACCUCAAUCUACAGAGCGAGAGCCAGCUGGCGGCCGCCUGCUUCCUACCAUCCUACUGCUGGCUCACCUGCGCCACGCUGCACUUCCUGCACUUCACAGACGCCAAGGCGCCCAUCCGCACCCUCACCGGCAUCUACACCAGCUUCCUGAGGCUCAACUUUGGUGGUGAGGUCCUGGAGGCAAGCAGCAGGCUAGGUGGGGCGGGGGGCUCGGAGGACCAGCAGGGCAGCUCCCUGAUGUACUACGUGGCCCAGACGGUGGGCAAGCUAGCGUUCGACGGUGUCAACUACAAGCGCACGUGCUUCUCCGAAGAGGAGCUGGAGCAGUGGAUUGGCGGCAAGACCAAGACCGACGAGGAGCUCCGGCAACUGGCGGUUUUCCAGACUGACGUGCUGGACUUCUUCCUGGUGCCCUACGUGGGGAGCUCCCGGCCGGGGGAGGACGUGGGAGAGACCCGCUACGUGUUCGCCAUCCCCGCCAUGCAGGAGUACUUGGCGGCCCUCUACGUGGUGCUGGGCGAGAACAAGACGGUCCUGGAGAAACUGGGCAAGCAGGCCUCGGAGGCCAUCGGGCAGGCCAGCGAGGACCUGACCAGCCUCCUCAACAUCCUGUCCAAGUUCCUCCCCCUGAGGAUCUUCGCCAUCUUCAACCUGCUCAAGAUGUUUCCCAGCCUGUACCGCCGCGUCAGCGGGCACGGCAAGGGGCGGAUCGCCCGGACCAUGGCGGCGGAGAUGUUCCGCAAGGAGGACCAGUUCAAUGCCGACGUGCUGGACCAGGUGGAGCAGAGCGUCCUGGGGGUGCAGGGCCCCUUGCCACAGGAGCGCCAGGAGAAGGAGGCCUUUGAGCUCUAUCCCGUCUUCAUGGGUGGCCUCCUCUCCUACGGGAACAGGGUGCUCCUGGACCAGCUGGGGUGCACCAUCAAGAGCACCGCGGUGGCCCAGAUCACCAGCACGCUGAAGAAGAACCUGGUGAAGGAGAGCCAGAAACACCAGCCCCCCGAGGAGAUGAUGGAUCUGCUCUUCUUCCUCUACGAGUUCCAGAACCCGCGCUUCACGGCCGAGGUGCUGGGCUCCCUCAAAGCCAUCAGCCUGGCCCGGGUGCGCAUGACCCCACUCAAGUGCUACGUGCUGCGCUGCGUGUUGAGCUGCGCCCCCUCCAAGCACCUGCUGAAGGAGCUGGACCUGUCCUCCUGCCACCUGACCAAGGACCUGCUGGAGACCCUCGGCCCCUCCCUCCUGCGCGCCCGCAGCCUCAAUUUGCAGUUUAACAACCUGGGCCCGGACGCCUGCCCGCAGCUGAAGGAGCUCCUGUUGGACAGCCGCUGCCAAAUUCGAACCCUGCGGCUGUGCGAUAACUCCCUGCUGGAGCCGGGGGUGAGCUGCCUGCUGGAGGCGCUGUCCGAGAACCGCUCACUGCGCCACCUCUCCCUGAUGCACACCGGCAUGGGGGACGGGGGUGCCAGGGAGCUGGCGGCGCGUCUGAGAGACAACAAGGGCCUCGAGGAGCUGAACGUGGCCUACAACGCCAUCGGGGACAGCGCCGCGGUGCAGCUGGUGGACACCUGCCGGGAGCACCCCACUAUCAACACUGUUCACCUGUACCUGAACCAGCUGAGCGAGGCCGGGAAGCAGUCCCUGCACGCGCGGGCCCAGCGGGGCGAGGGGCCCAGCCGCCGGGUGAAGGUGCUGGCCUCCGUGACAGAGGGCGGGGAGCUCUCCGAGGACUGGCACCCCAUCCUGGGCAUCAUCCGCCAGAACUGCACCUCCUGGGAGAGGCCGCGGGUGCGGGAGCAGCUGCUGCUCUUCCUGCGCGACCUGGAGGGGGGCCGGAGGCAGACGCGCAGCCUGGCGAAGAAGCUGUACUUCCGCAGGGUGGAGAGGGACGUCAAGCAGACGCUGCGCAUGCUGGAGCGGGGCGCCCCCUAGUGGGCUGGGGUGGGAACUACAACUCUAUUACCAGACAGACCAUGCAUGCCAACUCCUCUCGGGUAGCUCAGCCAGCUUUCUGAAUCAAACUGGAUACAGGAGGGUCCUCUCCCUCUUUGACCAAGGACUGCUUCCUAACCUUAUCAGAUGCUCCUGGGACAUUAAAUGGAUUCCUUUAAUUAUUUAGAGUGCUCCUUAACCGGAGUCAAGGCUGCACAAAAAGGCAAAUUCAAUGAUGCUGUUUCCUCUCUAUAGCAUUUCAAAUGCUUAAGUCUGCUGUAUGUUGCAGGAGCACAGCAUUGCAGUACUGAAAGGCUGCACAAACUGGAUAUGCAGUAUCAAAGCCUUGUGCCUGCCUUCUUCAUCUCAGGUGAAUAAUCUGUUGGCGUCCAUAGGACACAAAACGUGUAGCAUAAGAAUAAAUAGUAGCAUGUGCAUUUUAAGCAGAAAAUGGCAUGAUUUUAUUUAAGGAAACUUAAAAAAACAGCCAGUGCCUUAAACCCUCACCUGGGACUGAGCCUAUGCCUGACAGAUUUCUUCCUCUGCUCCUCUCCUGUGGAAUAUGUCUCUACUGACACUAAGGAUCAGAAGCAUUGGUAAUAUUAUUAUCAUCAUCCUUAGAACUGCAAUACUAGUGACCCAAAAGUAUCUAAUGGUCACAGAUUGUUUUUUUGAUGGGCUUCAGCCCCAGGUGAUUCAAUAUUUGAGUGAGUCUGUAUAUUUCCAAGUUCUCAGUGGGACUCAGCAAACAGAUGCUACUAACUGGGAGCACAGAUAUAAGCACAUAGGAAGGGUGACAAGUGAGAGGGGUUCAUUCUGAGCAUCUGGCUCCAUUUUUUAUUAUUGCCUAAAUGAUCCGAAGAUCUCAUCCAGCCAUACUGGAUGCAGCAAGAUGGCUGGACAGCUUGCUCCAUACUCCUGCACUCCUUUGUGUAAAAAAAAAAGGUGUUUUCAGAUUUAAAUGCUCUUCCUUGUAGUUUCUGUUGAUGAUUCCCACAAUGACAGCAUCUAAAGAAUUAUCUUUUAUCAUUUACACAUUUGGGCUUCAGUCCCUUUUUAUAUAUCUUCAGGGUGACUUGGACCAUACUGGUACGUUGUAAUCUUGUGUGCAAGCUGUAAAAUCUGCGCGUACUGUAUGUUUUUGGGGAGAGAAUUUGGUUUUUGCUUUGCUUUGCAUCGAAGGAAUCCUCUUCUCAGAUGAAUCCAGGUGGAACGCGCCAGUUAUCUACAAGAGGAUGUGUCUGCUGCACCCUUUGACACUGCUGUGGUGUUGCACGUUUGUAAUUGUCCCAAAGACUGCAGAAGCACUGUGCUGCUGUCUGGGAAAAGGAUGCACUGUGCCUUCGUGAUGAAAAAAUAACUGGAAAUAAAGCAACAUUGCACAUCGGAUAAAUUCACUUGAACCCGUUAGUAAUAUCAUCGUUGUGCCCAUUCAGAAUGGAAAGAUGUCAAGAUGCCAAAUGAACCCUGGAUGUUUUUUAAGCAGAUCAGUGUCUUCUUGUAGGAGUGGUCUGGCUAUGUGUCCCAUGCAACAUUGUUAAGGCUCAGGAAGGUAAACUGAAAGAGAACAAGUGUUUGUUACACAGACAAGAAUGAAUCAGUUUUUCACUCUAUUUCUAGUUCUUGAAUUAAUUCCCCGACUUUCGGAUCCUGGUUUUCUGUGCCCGGGGUUGUGAUGCUGGUGAGCUUCUGUAGAUGGGGAAUUCUGCUGCCUCCCGUCAGAGCAGGGCAGUGGCGUUCCCAGUCUCGCCACUGGAGGGCAGCAGUGGACGGAGCAGUUUGUGACCUGCAAAUACAGGUCUUCCAGCAGGAUGUAACUGAAUAUGACUGCAAGAACAAAAAACUUUGUAGUCGCCAGGGUGUGGCUGAAAAGCAAUAACAUUCAAGAAAUGAAACGUUAUUUAUAAUGUAUUAAUUAUUUUUUAAUUGUUGUAACAAUUACCAUCAGAAUCUACAGCCGCUGUAGAAAACAGUGUGUAUUCGUAUAAGUCCAGCAAAACCCAGGGUCUUUUGAACAAGUGCUGAUGCCAUGGGGAAAAAAGCAUCUUUCUCUGGUAUUAAAUUCCUAAUAUCUUAAAAGUCUAACAGUCAUAUAGUUUUAUUCAUUAACUGGCAUCAUUCUGAUGUACCAUAUCACCUAAUAUUAUGUAUAUUAUUUAAAAGCAGUUUUUGUGGUUCUAAUGGAUAGUAUUUUUUAAUGAGCAAUUACAAAAAAUGAGACUGGACACAACGGUCAGUCUCACGUUUGACUGGAUUCAUAUUUCUUAUCAGGAGUGCCCUCUUGUGGCUAGCCCAUGUAUUGCACACUUGUGUCUACCGCACGUUUCUGGUUUACUUACCAGAGAGGGUUUUCCCUUAGCUUCAGAAAUGCAACAUAAAGCAAUAUCAUUACUAAUACAAUCCUUUUGCUACAAUUAACGGGAUUUUUUUGUCUAACUUUUUUGUCUUCAAAAGUGUUUGGGUGUUUUUUGGAAACAUUUGUUUUCCAUUUUAAAGAGCUGUAAGAGGCAAUCAUGAACUAACAGACUGUUUUUCUUGACCCUGAAAAGUGAACACAGGAAUAUCUGAGCUGUACCUUGUAGAAUGUAUUGAGCUGCAAGUUCAACAGGGCCUUAAAGACAUUGCUAAUGAAAUACGUCAUAGCAUGUGUGCUUUGUCAUAGACUGUACAUUGUCAGGGGAAAAACAUUAGAAGGGUUUCUGUGUUUUUUUGUCUGGUAUUUGUUUUAACGUACAUUAAUAAAAUAUAUUUGUGUUCCUUUU